UUAUUCGCAGAAGCAGUAGCAACAGAGAGGUGCAGUCAUAAUACUAAUAGGAGCUGAGAGAGAGAGAGAGAGAAAGAGUGUGUGCAUUUGUGCAUUGGCAUGCAGCUAUGUAAUCAGAACCAUUAGUUUAUUACUGUAACACAAUGGUCCCUGAAAUAAAUAUACCUACUCUACUCCAAGGGUCCAAAGUAACAAACAAGAAGCAAUAACACUCAAAACUCCUCUCCUCACAUUUCUCCCUGAGCCUAAGCCUGAAACCUGUCCUCUCUUUAACUUACUACUGCACUGUGAGGUGUGUCUGAAAUAGCUAGCUUCUGUUUCAUUUGUUACUAUCACCCACCAGCACCAGCCUUUGUGCUCUUUGAUUCCUUUUUAGUUUUUUCCCUGUUCUUUCCCUUUCCCUUUCCCCUCAGCUCGAUAAUGAAUGGAAGGAACGUUAACACAAACAGGUUCCCUUUCACUCCUUCCCAGUGGCAAGAGCUUGAACACCAAGCUCUCAUCUACAAAUACAUGGCUUCAGGUAUCUCCAUCCCCCCUGACCUUCUCUUCACCAUCAAAAGAACAACCCACUUGGACUCCUCAAGACUAUUGCCUCACCACCCUCAACACUUUGGAUGGAACUAUUUGCCAAUGGGGUUGGGGAGGAAAAUAGACCCGGAGCCAGGGAGGUGUAGAAGAACAGAUGGAAAGAAAUGGAGGUGCUCAAAGGAGGCGUAUCCAGAUUCAAAGUACUGUGAGAGGCACAUGCACAGAGGGAAAAAUCGUUCAAGAAAGCCUGUGGAAGUUUUGAAAACAACACCAACGACAGCAGCAGUGGCAACAAACACAGAUGCCUCAACCCCAACAACAAUCUUAUCAAUCACCAAAAACAGUCCUUCACAUGCACUCUCCCCAACCACUCAUUCUCUCUCUCAUGACACUUACCAUCAUCAUCAUCAUCACCCUCACCCUCAGCAACAUUCCUCCCACUCCUUCCUCUAUCAUCAUUCUUCGAGGCCCUCUUCCGGUGCUGCUUUGUCAUUUCAAGACAACAGUGCCCCCUUGUUUCUCGACACUGCUUCUUGCUCUCAGAAUAACAACAACACUGACUGCAGGAACAGGUAUGUGUAUGGACUGAAGGAGGAGGUGGACGAGCAUGCCUUCUUCACAGAACCUUCUGGAACUAUGAGAAGCUUCUCUGCUUCCUCAAUGGAAGAUUCAUGGCAACUCACACCACUGACUAUAAGCUCCUCUUCCUCUUCGAAACAGAGGAACUGCUCUGGUUUAUCCAAUGACAACAACGAGUACUCCUACUUGCAACUUCAGAGCCUCAAUGGCAACAACUCAAAACAGCCGCAACAAGAUCAAGGUUGCUACAUAUCAGGCAGUGAUGUCAAGUGCGAAACAUUCAUGAAACUUGGGAAAGAAGAACCUCAGAAAACCGUUCAUCGCUUCUUCGAUGAAUGGCCCCCUAAAAGCAGAGGAUCGUGGCUUGAUUUGGAUGAUAAAUCAUCCACCACCCAGCUUUCAAUUUCCAUUCCAACUUCUACUCAUGAUUUUGCAACUUUCAAUUCAACAACCCAACGAGGUAAUGAACUAUAACUAUGGUUGAGUUUAGCUUUCAACAGUGGGGUCCUUCAGUCCUUGUACUUGAAUCAAAGGCCAAAAAUGUACUUACAUGGUGGGGUUCACAUCAUGUUGUGAUUUGUGAGAUCUCUCUUUAAUUGCUCCCCCUUUUUCCAUCUGUUUUUAAAUGUUGUUGAAGCUGAUUUGUGUUUCCAUGGAGGGAUCCAAUGUGUUUGUGUGCUAUUUGCUUUCAAUGUUGUUUCUACUCUCUCUCUCUCAUUUUGUGUUCUUUGUGGUUUGAGCUAACACUCAAAGACACGUCCUUUUUUGCUUGUUCAUCAUUCUCUGUUGAGUAGUACAAUAUUAUUUUGGAUGCUUUUUUAUGGUCCCAGGGAAAGGAUUUGCUUGUUUGUCA